UUGGAUGUAAUUGCAUUGUUAAUUCUCCGAGUUUGUUAAACGCUGCUCCCGCAGCGGUGAAAAUUUCACCGACCUAAAAGGAGAAAAAUAAUAGAUGCUCCGAAAGUCUUGUAUAUACACAGGAACAGUGUACACAACCUCAAAAGCGGGAAAACAUGGAACCAGUAAUUACCACAUCUUCCUGAUUAUAAAAAUUACGUAGUGUAAUUUGAACACAUCCCAAAUUUGGUACUAAAAAAAAUCCAAUAAAUUUGUAUAUAAUGGACAAAGAACAAGAAAAUGUAGAAAAAACAGAUCCCGAGGGACACAGAUAUGGAAAUUUUAUAAACUACUACACGUUUCAUCCUGCUCAGGAACGCAUUGAACAACUUCCUCAAGACAUAUGGUCUUCUUGCCACUUAGAUUCUAAAUACAGCGCCUUGGAUAUUGGUUGUAAUGCUGGGAAUUUGUCAUCUAUGCUCUACAAUUUUCUCGAGAAUAACAUAUCAGCUGAUGGAAAAUGUGAUGUUUCUCUUUUAGGAGUUGAUCUCGAUCCGAUUUUAAUCGAGAGAGCUCGGGCGCAAAAUUCUAUACCUAAAAUAAAGUUCGAGUGUUUAGAUGUUUUAUCCAAAGGAAGCAAAACCGUGCUUUCUAAAUAUCUUGAAAGCAUAAAAAGGACUCGUUUUGACGUGGCAUUCUGUUUUUCGAUCACUAUGUGGAUUCAUCUUAACCAUGGAGAUUCGGGCUUGAUAGAAUUCCUUAAACUGGUUUGUGAAAUAUCAGAUAUGAUUGUUGUGGAGCCCCAGCAAUGGAAAAGUUACCGAAAUGCUUCGAGGAGGUUACGUCGAGCAAAUGCUACGGAUUUUCCAUUGAUUAAUAAAUUAAACUUUACACAUGAUAUGGAGAUGCAUGUAGAAAAUAUUCUUCGGAACGAAUGUCAUUUUUCUAAUGUGAUGGUCACGAAUCAGAAUAAUUGGAAAAGGAAAGUGCUAAUUUAUAAAAGGAAAAGUUAAUCAUGUACGACUUUCGGUUUACUUUUUUAAGUUUAGUUAUAAGGUUUCUUUGUUUAAAAGAAAAUAAAUCAAUUUUGGUUAAAAAUAAUAAA